AACCAUCAUCACGCAACAUUUCUCUACUCUCCAAAUGAACACCAAACUCGGGAAUCCUAACCCCAAAUUUGGCUUGUUAAUGGCCGCUAUCCCCUAGAUAUCUAGAUAGGCAGUGCAGCACCUAAGGCCCCUAACAAUGUUGCGCACCCAGCUUAGAAGAAUUGCACUAUUACCUACACCUAAUCGUCUAUCCGGGGCCGGUCCAUCAAAGCGCACCCUUAGAACCGGGUCCUACAUUCCGGGAGGGGGGCUCCCGGCCGUUCCGAUCCUUAGGCCGACACUAUGGGCCUUUGCGGCCACAGCCACCAUCUUUCUCGGAUGCGCUGCGUACGACGUCCGUCGAGACGUCCAGAACGCCAAGAGGAGAGGGCUUUUCAAAGACGGAAGCGUCGCUUCGUAUGAAGCCCUAGAGGACGCCAAGCGUCGCGGCCAUACCGUGUACUCCUCGUUCCGCAAGCCUCAGCCGUCGAAAUGGCAUCUGCCGGGCCAGAUCGGCGAGAUGCUCGCGGGGCACAGCGACGCGGAGAAAUUAAUCAUGGGAUUCUCGGCUCUCAACAUCGGUCUUGUCGGAGCGAGCUCUCUUGCUCCGGGGGCGUUUAUGCAGUACUUUGCGCACACGCCUUGUUUUAGCCCUAACUACACGCUCCUGACGUCUAUGUUCGGCCACGCCGGUCUACUCCACGCCGGGAUUAAUACCCUCGCCUUGCUCCAGAUGGGGCCCGAGGUUGCGCGGUCCCACGUCUUCGAGGGAAACGGCAGUCACUUCGCGGCUUUCUAUCUCUCGGCCGGGAUAUUCUCGUCGCUAGGGUCCCAAUUCGCGACUAUCUUGCCUACCCGAACUUACAAGUUCAACCGUCUCAGUCCGGGUCUGGGAGCUAGCGGCGUGGUUUUGGCUAUGCUAGGAGCAUGGGCCACACUGCACCCGAAUGCGCGGCUCGGCAUUAUGUUCAUUCCUGGGAGCUAUACCGUUGAGAACUUCAUGACGGCUCUUGUACUAUUUGAGUUGUACGGGUUGUUCAUCGGAUUUCCGUACUUACAUUUCGGACACGGCGCGCAUCUCACGGGUCUUGCUUUGGGAUUUGCGUAUGUAUACUUUGACGGUAAGAAGCACUUAUGGCGACCUGCCCGGAAGCUCGCGUUUGGUGGCAUGAAGCUUGUGAAGAUGGUGUAGCGGGGUUUGGGAUGUAUGACGAGGUUAACAUACAAUGUGCAUACUAAGGGAUCAGCAGGUAAGGAAUAGCAAUGCUUAGCAACUUAAGGCUUUAUAUCAUGUUGACGCUUCCAGCCAUAGUUAACUUAUCCCUUAUUCAGCUUAUUCGGGAGCUUGAUGCCUCUUCUAGGAUUGAGCAUCAGUAAUGUUGACGGUCAUAUUGGCCUCUAUACGAGAAGAGUAUAUGAAGAGGUAAAGAGUGAGCUUUCAAAUUAUUUAUUUAGCUAGUAUGAUGCUAGAUAUUCUCCGAUUUAUUACAUUAUGUGAAUAUCACAACCUUUAGACAACACUUAUCAAUAUUUAAUUCUAGAGGUUGAUUGAUUUAGUAUGCGGAUUUAAUACCUAGUUGUAUUUUAUUUCCUACCUCCACAGCUGUCAGCAGCCGCCAAAAGCUCAUUUACGUACCCGGAUACACAAUGUGGGGUACUUCGGAGCGGAAUAUGCCAUGUCCGAUCAGCUUCGGCCAGUCGGAUUGAAGCAUUUCCUGAUUAGCGAAGCGGCAAAAACGUAAUUUAUAGUUAACGUCAAU